GACCUUUCUCUUUCUUUCUUUCACUCGCUGUAUAUAUCCUUCUCUUCCCUUGUUGCCCUCGAUUUCUCGCGAUCCAUUCCAUUCACCGUCAGAAUUAUUAAAUUAUAAUUUCCUUUUUAAAAAAAUAUAUUUGUAGGUCUUGUGCAAUUACGUUUAUCAUUUGUAUAAAUAAAUAAAUUCCCCCACGACGGUAUGCAGCUUCCGAUCUUUUUUGAUUUGCAGAUCGAAGUUAAGAUUCUUUAGCAUAGUUUGUCCAUUGGGGAUUCUCAUUUCUGGUCUUGCCGCCUGGUUCUUACUUUCGACUAAUCAGUUGUGGAAUUGUUGGGAGAAUAUGUCCCAUUACCAGGUGGAAGAUGCUGAACAUAUGGCGGAGGAAUAUGACAUGGAAGAUGUAGAGGAUGAUAUGGAUGAAGAGUUUCGUGGUAGAGAUAUGGGUGGCUCAGACUCUGAUGUUGAUGAAUUUGACUACUUGAAUAGUAAAGUAGCUGAUACUUCUGCUGCUGAAGCUAGAGAGGGAAAAGAUAUUCAGGGAAUUCCCUGGGAUAGACUUAGCAUCACUAGGGAGAAAUACAGACAGACUAGACUAGAACAGUAUAAGAACUAUGAAAAUAUUCCUCAUUCCGGAGAAGGGUCAGGAAAGGACUGUAAAGUUACUAAGAAAGGUGGCUCAUACUAUGAGUUCAGACGAAAUUCAAGUUCUGUGAAAUCAACCAUUCUUCAUUUUCAGUUGAGGAACUUGGUUUGGGCUACAUCGAAGCAUGAUGUCUACCUUAUGUCUCAUUUUACUGUUGUUCAUUGGUCUUCAUUAACUUGCACAAGGUCUGAAGUUCUCAAUGUUUCAGGGCAUGUGGCACCAACAGAGAAACAUCCGGGAAGCUUGUUGGAAGGGUUCUCGCAAACCCAAAUUAGUACUCUUGCAGUAAAAGAAAAUUUGCUAGUUGCUGGAGGGUCUCAAGGAGAACUUAUAUGCAUGCACCUAGAUCGGCCUGGCGUUAGCUUUUGUUUCCGGACAACUUAUGAUGAUAAUGCCAUCACUAAUGCCGUUGACAUAUAUAGAAACCGCAGUGGCGCACUUCACUUCACCGCUUCAAAUAACGACUGUGGAGUCAGAGACUUUGACAUGGAGAAAUAUCAGCUCAUUAAGCAUUUCUGUUUUCCUUGGCCAGUGAAUCAUACUUCUCUGAGUCCGGAUGGUAAACUCCUUAUAAUUGUGGGAGACAACCCAGAUGGUAUGUUGGUGGAUUCUAGUACUGGAAAGACAGUCAUGCCCUUGUGUGGGCACUUAGAUUUCUCAUUUGCCUCAGCAUGGCAUCCAGAUGGUGUCACCUUUGCUACAGGGAACCAGGACAAAACCUGCCGAAUUUGGGAUGUUCGGAACGUAUCAAAGUCGCUCGCUGUUUUGAAGGGCAACCUUGGAGCUGUUCGGUCCGUCCGAUACACGUCCGAUGGUAAGUAUAUGGCAAUGGCUGAGCCUGCUGAUUUUGUGCAUGUCUAUGAUGCCAAAAGUGGUUAUGAAAAAGAGCAGGAAAUUGAUUUCUUUGGGGAGAUAUCUGGCAUAUCGUUCAGUCCGGACACCGAGUCUCUUUUUAUAGGAGUGUGGGAUCGUAUGUAUGGUGGCCUGCUUGAGUAUGGUCGCUGUCGGAACUACGCAUACCUGGAUUCUCUAAUUUGAGUCCGAAUGGUAUAACCUGAAAGUAAGUUUGUGUGGUUGGUUGGUUGGUUUUACAUUAUGUGAUGGAUUUGAGAAACCCCAAUAAUAUGCCAUGCUGCAUUAGAAGAUGGUUGUAGGUGUACAUGAUGUGCAAUUGUAGGUCCUUUAGUCUUGGUGCCAUAAAGCCAUUGUUGUUGGGUUGUCAUAAGAUGUGUAAAAUGGGGGAGUUGUUGUACAGAAGGCUAGAAAUAUUUUCAUCAUGCAAAUGAGAGAAUUUGUAUUGGAACCUCUGGUCUCUUUUAGGAAAGAGGACAAUUUCAUGACUGCCUGCCUGCCUGCAAUCUUUGUACUUGAGUGUCAGUGUUAUUUAGAACCUAUCUUAUGUGAAUUUAUCAAUGAUCAAAGCUGGUUUUCUUAA